GCUUUUUCUAAUCUAUUUAACAAAAAUUUUAUUCGUUUUCACUUCAGAGAGUGCAAAAUUGAUCUAUGAUCCAUUUACUCUAUCUCAAGUCUUAAGUCCCAACCACGUCCUACUUCGGCUCGAGAACAGCAUUGGUACCAGAUAAACAAGGCCUCACCAAACAUAGUCAAUCCAUCUGACCACAAGAUACAGUCUAAGCAUUAGAGAUGUGCUUCCGUGACUCCCGCAAUAGCUCUAUCUCGGCCUGGGAAGCUCCACAGCCGCAUUACGGCUACAACCCAAACUUUAGCUACACCGACCACAAGAAGCAGCUGAAGAGAAUUCGCAGAAUUAGGUAUGGAUAUGGGAACAGUUACUCAUAUGGAGGCAGUUGGGGCGGCUUUGGUGGUGGCGGAGGUGGUGUAAUUGGUGGUGGUGGAGAGGAGGAGGAGGAGGAGGAGGAGGAGGAGGAGGAGGUUGUUAGUGGUAAGGGACUUAAAGUGAGAAACAUACCUACCCUUGAACCCAGAAUGCUCCGAAGCACCAUUGUCUGCGCAGGCGCUCAAACAGUAUAUGCAAUGCAAGUCAAGUCAAGUCAACCCAUGACGCCAAAUACCAAUGCGUUGUCGUGA